AUGCAAGCGAUUAAGUGCGUCGUUGUUGGUGAUGGUAGUGUGGGUAAAAUUUGUAUGAUGAUAACUUAUACGAAAAGAGUGUUUCCUGUUGAAUACAGCCCAAUUGUAUUUGAUGAGUACCCAGUUAAUUUAAUGGUUGAUGGGAAACCAGUUAGCCUUGGUUUAUGGGAUAUCGCUGGACAAGAAAAUUUCGAUGCACUUAGACGAUUGUCAUAUUCACAAACUGAUGUAUUUAUUAUUUGUUUUUCACUUAUUAAUCCGGCAAGUUUUGAAAAUGCUAAAGCUAAAUGGUAUCCAGAAGUACGUCGUUAUUGUCCAGCAACACCAAUAAUACUUGUUGGUACAAAACUUGAUUUACGUGAAGAUAAAGAAACUAUUGAAAAAUUAAAAGAUAAAAAACUUGCACCAAUAACUUAUCCACAGGGUCUUGCAAUGGCCAAAGAAAUCGGAGCAGUCAAAUAUCUGGAGUGUUCAGCAUUAACAAAAGAAGGCCUGGAUGCUGUUUUCGAUCAAGCAGCACGUGCUGUACUUUGCCCAGAACAAAAGAUGCUCUCUCAGUCAAACGAUCAUUGGGCUAUUGUUUGGUGGAAAAGGACUGGACAGGUAGUUUUACAACAUUACAGUGUUGUUGGUCAAGCAUGUUUGCUGUUGAGAUACACGAUAAAUGUAUUGUCUAAUGAAAAUAGACCAACUGUAUUUGAUAAUCAUUCAGUAAGGGUUAUCUUUGAUGGAAAACCAAUAGAACUUGGUUCAUGGGAUAGCGCUGGACAAGAAGAUUACGAUCAAUUACUUUGUUAA